CUCAUACUACCCAACUUCUCGCAUUCUACGGUCGAUUUUCAACCCCAGACAUGGCACCACCUGCAGCUCAUGAAAUGCAGCAGCUAAAGAAUACGCUUAGGCCUAGCAAAAGGCUUUGUUACGUAUGGCUGCAUGUUCUUCUUCUCUUUGCCCUCUUUGGCCUGUCUAAGUCACAGUCAAUUGUCGAUACGCUUCCGGGGUUUUCCGGUGAACUUCCAUUCAAACUUGAAACUGGGUAUGUGAGUGUAGGAGAAUUGAAUGAUGUGGAGCUAUUCUACUACUUCAUCGAGUCGGAGCGCGACCCUGCUAGAGACCCUCUUAUUCUCUGGCUCACCGGAGGCCCUGGUUGUUCUGGUUUCUCAGGACUAGUAUACGAAAUUGGUCCAUUAAGAUUCAACUAUACAGCUUUCAAUGGGAGCCUCCCAAGUUUAGAGCUGAAUCCGUACUCAUGGACAAAGGUUGCCAGUAUAAUAUUUUUAGACGCACCAGUAGGCACUGGGUUCUCUUAUGCAACAAAUCCGGAUGAUUACUAUGCUUCUGACACAAUAUCAGCCAGGGACAACUACAUAUUUAUCAGGAAGUGGUUGAUCGAUCACCCCAGAUUUCUAUAUAAUCAACUUUACAUUGGAGGCGAUUCCUAUUCGGGCAUCAUUGUUCCAAUUCUCACUCUGGAGAUAGCAAAUGGUAUACAAAUGGGACUUAAGCCACUGAUGACUCUCAUGGGAUAUAUUCUUGGCAACCCAGUAACACAUUUGCAUAAUGAUGAGAAUUCAAGAAUUCCAUUUGCUCAUAGAAUGGCACUUAUAUCAGAUGAACUCUAUGAGUCAGCCAAAAAUGCCUGUAAAGGUGAAUUUAUUUAUCCAGAUGAAAGCAAUGGAGAGUGCAUGGAGGUUCUGGCAGUUAUUACAAAGUGCACUGAGAAGCUAAACAGUGCACAAAUUUUGGAACCCGUGUGUGCUCUUGAUUCCCCAAAACCAAAGGAAUCAAAACUAAAAUGGAGCCUCAACCAUAUAGAAGAUGUGUCCUCAGACAUGAUCAGCCUUCCAGUUCCUCAACGCAGCGAAUUAUGGUGUCGGAAUUACAAUUAUUUGCUUUCUUACAUAUGGGAAAAUGACGAGGCUGUUCAAGAAGCUCUUCAUGUCCGAAAUGGUACAAUACCAUUUUGGAAGAGGUGCAAUAAGACAUUAGAUUAUGAUUCUAAUGUUGUAAGCACUGUUCCAUAUCAUCGGAAUCUCUCUGACCUUGGCUAUCGAGCUUUGAUAUACAGUGGUGAUCAUGACAUGCUUAUUCCUUAUGUGGGUACCGAAAGAUGGGUAAAAUCUCUUAAUAUAUCAGUUCUAAAUGGUUGGGAACCAUGGUUUGUUGAUGGCCAAGUUGCAGGAUACUCGGUAGUCUAUCAAGCAAACAAAACCGAGAAUGACAUAACCUAUGCUACCGUAAAGGGAGGAGGUCACACAGCUCCUGAGUUCAGGCCUAAACAAUGUCUUGCAAUGAUCGACAGGUGGCUUGCCUUUUAUCCCUUGUAAUUCAUAUCUCCGUGCCCAAAUUUAUUUACCAUUUUUGAAGCAAUGUAAUGCAUAAAAUCUCCUGGUUCAUCAUUGAGGAAUUGAGAAAAUAAUGAGUGAUGAUGAAACUGAAAAUUCGGAAUGAGAAAUUGUAUCCUAGAUAGGGUAACUUUGUUUACUAAGAAUAUUGAUUGAAGCAAUAUAUAUGAACGUUGUCUGAUU